UUCUAAAUGGUUUCUAAGAAGUUGGGUGCAGAUCUUCAUGGGACUUUCAGUUACCUUGAUGAUGUUACAUUUAAGAUAGGAGACAAAUUCAAAACACCAGCUAAAGUUGGUCUACCUAUUGGCUUCUCCUUGCCUGAUUGUUUGCAGGUUGUCAGAGAAGUACAGUAUGACUUCUCCUUGGAAAAGAAGACCAUUGAAUGGGCUGAAGAUAUUAAGAAGAUCAGGGAAGCAAAGCUCAGGGCUGAAGAAGCUGAGGCUAAAGUGAAUUCUAAGAGAGGUCCAGAGGGUGACAGCAUAAUGAGCUUCUCCAAGACUCACAGUGCAGCCAGGAUGCUGCCUCCCAUUAACCCCAUCCUCGCCAGCUUACAGCACAACAGAAUCCUCACCCCCACUCACAUCAGCAGCAGUGCCAUGAAACAGAAAGUCCUCAGCCCACCCCACACCAAGACAGAUUUUAACCCAGCUAACUUUGAGUGUGAAGAAGACCCAUUUGAUAAUGUGGAGUUAAAAACUAUUGAUGAGAAGGAGGAACUGAGAAAUAUUCUGGUAGGAACCACUGGACCCAUUAUGGCUCAGUUAUUGGACAGUAAUUUGCCCAGAGGAAGCUCUAGGUCUGUAUUACAGGACGAGGAGGUCCUGGCAUCUCUGGAGCAGGCCAUCCUAGAUUCCAAGCCUCUUCACAAACCUAACGGCUUUAUAACCUUACCACAAUUGGGCAACUGUGAAAAGAUGCCACUGUCUUCCAAAGUGUCCCUGCCCCCUGUCCAUGCAGUAAGCAAUAUUAUAUCCCUGUCCUUUCCCAAACUUGACUCUGAUGACAGGAAUCAGAAGACCACCAAACUAGCAAACACUUUCUAUAGCAUAUCCUGCUUCCGCAGUGACAAGUUCCAGAGUUCCCCAAAGCUUUCUACCCAAAGCAGUGCCAGUGAGCUCAAUGGGCAUCAUACUUUUGGACUUUCAGCUUUGAACUUGGACAGUGGUUCAGAGUUGCCAUCUCUGACCCCCUCUGACCUGACUACCCAGAUGCCUUCCCUCUCUGUAUUGUCUGUGUGCACAGAAGAGUCAUCACCUCCAAAUACAGGUUCCAUGGUCACACCUACUAAUUUUUCAAUGUCACAAGUGCUCAACACGCCAAGCUGUCCCCAAGCUUAUUCUGAACUAUAGACACUCUCCCCCAGUGAGCAGAAGUGUGUGGAGACAGUGGUCAACAUGGGCUACGCGUAUGUGUCCUGAGAGCCAUGAAGAAGAAAGGAGAGAAUACCUGAUUAUCUCAAGCAGAUACCUGAUUAUCUCUUUGCACACAGACAGCUCUGUGAGAAGGGCUUUGACCCUCUCUUAGUGGAGGAGG